CGAACACAGGACUCGUCUUUAUCAAUCAGCUGAAGAACUGGAGAGAUGCUCAGAGUUACUGCAGACAGAAUCACACUGAUCUGGUCAGUGUGAGAAACCAGGAUGAGAGUGAACAGGUUGAGAAGAUCAUUAAAGAUAAUAACUCAUCUGGAUCACAUGUCUGGAUCGGUCUGUUCAGAGUCAGAGACUCAUGGCAGUGGUCAGAUCAGAGUAACUCCUCAUUCAGAUACUGGGAUCCUACUCAACCUAACAUUAAUGAAAAUAAUGAAAACUGUACAGCAGUAAAACAUGACCCUCUUGGACAAUGGCAUGAUCUCUCUUGCAACGACCAGUUUCCUUUCUUGUGUCAUGAAGAUAAACUGAUUGUGAUCAGAGAGAAUCUGACGUGGUCUGAAGCUCUGAGAUACUGCAGACAGAAUCAUGUGGAUCUGGUCUCGGUUCAUUCAGAAGAGAUGCAGCAUGAGGUGAUGAACGUGGUUAAACGGGCGUCUACUGCGGCGGUGUGGUUGGGUUUACGUCACUCCUGCACUGUGGGCAUCUGGUUCUGGGUGAGUGGAGAGACGGUGUGCUAUCAGAACUGGGCUCCAGGGAACGGCACAUCAGAGGAGGACUGUGAACACACAGUGAGAUCUGGAGCAGUUCAGUCUGGAGGAGAUCAGCGCUGGAUCAGCCGUCCUGAAACUGACAAACUCAACUUCAUCUGCAGCAGAUAUUAAGAGUGAAAGAUACACAGACCUUUCAUGUAAGAAAACAAGUGCUUG